UGGUGGGCUUGGGCGCUCGAUCAAUUUUUCGCUACCAGCGUUCUUGGAUCAGAAGAACCGUCUGUCCGCUAAGGACCGCGUGGAAGGACCCGAAAAUACAAUUUUCACUGUCUUGCCUGGCGGAAGUGCGUCUUUUUAAGUAGGAACGCCGGCAGUUUGUCAUUUGUUGAGACAUCUGUAUAUCAUGGCCAAGCAGUAAAAGUAUUACUGGACUGAGGAAUAGGAGGGCAUUAUGUUUCCAGCUUUUUGUCACCUUUGCAAUGGUAUACUCCCUACACCUGUUGCCAAAGUGGGCCCGAUACGCAGAUACUUAUCCUGGGGAAAUGAGCAACGGUGUCGCAGAUUGCUAGAGGCAUCCACCAGCCGCUACAGACAAGAGCCUGUGUCGGCAGCAGUUCUGGUGUCUCUGUGUUCUGUGGAUGGGGUUCCAGCUAUCUUGUACACUCUGCGUUCCAGCACCAUGACUGGCAUGCACAAAGGAGAUGUCAGCUUCCCAGGUGGCAAGCGUGACAACUGUGACCAGGAUGUUAUUGCCACAGCACUCAGAGAAACUCAUGAAGAACUGAACCUGCAACUAGGGGAGGACUGCAUCUGGGGAGUCAUGAAGCCUGUGCCUGACAGGAGAGGACUGACUGUUGCUCCUGUAGUUGCCAACCUGGGUCCUCUAGAAUAUCUGACCCUGAAGCCUAACUCCCAAGAGGUUGAGAGUGUCUUCACACUCUCCAUUUCCCAUUUGCUGCAAGAAGAAAACCAAGGCUACACAAACUUCUGCCACAAGGGACAAUACAGUCACACACUGCCUGUCUUCCUGCAUGGUCCUCACCGCAUAUGGGGUCUCACAGCAGUAAUCACUGAUUUGACUCUGGAAUUGCUGGUUCCAGGAAAAUACCAUAGGUGGACUCGAAGAUUGGCCACUCACUGACCUUUACCACCCAUGUCUAAAUGCUGGCUGUUAAGCUCUGUGACCCCCACCCCUUUCAUGACGUCUGUCAAAAGACUUAGAUAUAGGUAGUCCCAUCAACCAGAUGCAAUCCCCUUCCUGGUCACCAGCAUCUUGGAAAAUGCAGGCCAGUUUCAUUUCACCUUCCUCUACAGAACAAAGAAAUGUGUAUAAAAUAUUAUUAAGAGGAUGGUGAUCAGACUAGGUAUUACCUAUCCAGUUCUCCUUCCUAUAGCUACUGUAGUGCCUAUUUUUGAAUAAAAAUUGCACACACAUUUG